AUGCCUCCUCUAAUGCCGGGAAUGUGCACUAUCCCCUACGAUAUCUGUAGGGCCGACGAAAUGUGGCCGUCCUUGCCGGGAAUAGGGUUCUUCCCUCAGAGGAUACUACCGUUACCGUUCAUGAACGUUCUUCCGGUGAAUCGCACCCAUCGAGUCUAUUCUCUCAUCCGCAAAGCCAAACUCAAAUACCCAGCUGGUCGCGUCCCAUGGCCCCGUAUGGACGACGUCUAUAUUCUCCAGGACCUUGAGAGCCGCGUCGAAACUCUCUUAAUCACUCUCCCUAAUUUCACCGAUGAUGAGCUUGAGCCCGAAUAUCAAGUCAGAAUGACUGAGAGCAUAGCCAUCUUUAUGGUGCUUUGCCAGGCGCUCAGACAGCGCCGCGAGAGAACCAACCAGUUACAGAUCGAGGAGAGCCGCUGCUCGAAGCCUGGGAUGAAGGAACACAUUGAAACCCAGCGUUGGAUGGCAUAUAAUAUUUUAAAAAUCUUGGAACGGUUUGCAAUUAUCAUGCUUGGUGGCGACAAAUGGUGCGCUUCUCGUAGGCGCAUGACCGGUUUUGAUAUUAUUUGGGUUUUAAUGAAAGUCUCCUGCGCAGUUCCUAGACUGGAAGCGCUUUGUGAAAGUCUCGAGGAAUUCAACCGUGGUAACAGUGUCGAGUGUCCCAACUGUAUUAUGGCCGAGUUGAAGCCGCUCUUUCUCGAGCUCUUCGACCCGGCCACGUUUGGAAGAGAAAAGCAUAUGCAGCAGCUUCGAGUUGUAACGGGGAAUGGAAUCGCUACUGCUGUCUAUACUCCGUACGCUAUCCCUAUGGAGUCUUCUAGCUAUCUGGAAAAGUUCAAUACUCUUUAG